AUGGAAGGUCGCUGGAAUGCGCGCGCAGACAGGGCCCGCCGCCCGCCGGAUUCGGACCGUGUCCAGAACCCGCUCAAUCGCGACAUUGGACCUCUCAACUUUCUAACUCUCAACGCACAUCAGCAGGCUCUGUCUCUCUGCAACAGCUCUCUGCGAUUUCCAUGCUAUGAUCUGAUCCAUAUCGAGCCACUGCGUCCUUGUCCAGCACUACGGCGCUGGGGAUCGUCCCUUACCAUGCAGUUCGCAUUGCCUCCGCGGAGGAGCCCUCAUACUCUCCCGGGCCCCCAUUCCUCUCGACUACCGCUGUACCGAAGGAAGCAGCUGAAGACCAUCGGCUUAUUUGCAUUUGCAAUACUCUCGCUCCUCUACCUGCUCUCCCACAUUUAUUCCUCAAGCUCGAUUUCCAUUGUGGCGCCGGCUGGCACGGCAAGUGUGGUGAUCGUGACAUUGCUGGAUCGUCAAAGCUUCAGCGAAACUUAUAUCAAUAAGAUAAUCACAAACCGUGAAGACUACGCAAAGCGCCAUGGGUACACGAAUUUCUUUGCAAGCGUCUCCGACUACGAGGGAGCUAUAGGCGACGCCCCGCGGAGCUGGGCCCUCGUUCCGGCUGUACGACAUGCGAUGGCAACCCACCCUCACUCCGCAUACUUCUUCCACCUAAGUCCUCACGCCCUCAUUAUGAAUCCUACGAAGUCCCUUAAAUCCCACCUGCUGGACUGGAACCGCCUCGAAUCGCUGAUGCUGAAGGAUACCCCCAUCGUGCCGCCGGACAGCAUUAUCAAGACAUUCACGCACCUGAAGGAGAACGAUGUCGAUCUCAUCACUACACAGGAUAACGAGGAUGUGAGCCCUUCGAGCUUUAUCCUCAAGAAUGGAGAGUUUGCGCGCUUCUUCUUGGACCUCUGGUUCGAUCCGCUGUACCGCAGCUAUAACUUCGUGAAGGCUGAGAUACAUGGACUGGAUCACAUCAUGCAAUGGCACCCAACGGUGCUGGCGCGGACUGCCUUGGUCCCGCAGCGCAUUCUAAAUGCGUACAGUAAGGACUCAUCGGGCGCCUCGCCAGAUGGUUCUUACAAGGACGGCGACUUCGUCAUCCGUUUCCCUGGAUGCGAUGACGGGAAGAGCCGUGACUGCGACGAAAUGGAUCCUUAUUACACGCUGUGGUCGAAGAAGGCCAAGGGUGCCUGA